AACUAAUCGAACCUAUCGCCAAAAUCUUCCAUCUUCUCAAACCCCCUCCUCCGUCUCUGCGACCCAAAGACAACACUCUCUGCAAAACCCUAACAAUGUCUUCUUCAACAAAUUCAUCGAAGCCCUAACUCUCUAGCUGAAACUCUGCAUCACCGCACCGUCGACAAAUCCACAACCAUGUCCUUCGCCUCUCUCGACCUCCUCACAAAUUCACCUCCUCGAUUCACCCUUUACUUCGCCGCAAAUCCUCCCAAGAACCACCACACUCUCCUCCCUCUCCGAAUCGCCUCUCGCCACUUCGCCAGCCGCUCGCAUUUCCAUAUCUCGAAUCGGCAGCUUCCGAGCCCUUGCUGCUCCAAUUCGCCGCGGACUCAUCGAUUCCGUCUCGGAGUUUUCGAGUCCGAAGGACCGGUACGGAGAGAUGGCGACCUUGACUUCGAUUCUUUUCUUUCGAUUGUUGAGACAUUGUGCGUCUUCUCGUCCGCGGUCGUUUCGCUUGGCUUCGCGGUGAAUUGCGUGGUUUCGAGCUCGAAGAAGACGGUUAUGGCGGCGGCGAUGGGGAACGGAAUCCUUUCGUGUGGGAUGUUGGUGAUGGUGGCUGGUCUUGGGAUUGGCGCGUGGAUUCGGCGGCGGCAGUGGAGGCGGUUCUGUUCGGGGUCAGUGAGGGGCGGGUUGGAGGUGAAUCUGCUGGAGAGGGUCGAGAAAUUGGAGGAGGAUUUGAGGAACUCCGCGACGUUAAUUAGGGUUAUCUCGAGGCAGCUUGAGAAGUUGGGGAUUCGAUUUCGGGUUACUCGCAAGGCUCUAAAGGAACCCCUUGCUGAGACUGCAGCUUUGGCCCAAAAGAAUUCAGAGGCUACUCGAGCAUUAGCAGUUCAAGAAGACAUUCUGGAGAAGGAGCUUGGUGAAAUCCAAAAGGUUUUGCUAGCUAUGCAGGAGCAGCAGCAAAAACAGCUUGAGUUGAUUCUUGCUAUUGGGAAGACUGGAAAAUUAUUUGAAACCAGACCAGAACGUAGUCAAGAACAAGAAAGAAUUGAAAUACAUGAUUCAACUGCAGAAAGUUUAAAACAGAAGGAAUCCCACCAAGUAUAAGUUUUGCGUAGAAACAAAUCGAGCAUUCGGAAGCAUUAACUUAUUACAGACAAUGGUGGCAUGAAGUCCAAUUAGUUGAUGCUGCUUUCAUUGGCGCAAUUAGACUCUACUCUUCAUCUUUGUAUUUACGUUUUGGCGGCUUUGUAGUUUCAGUGAAUUGAAGAAUUUCCUUAGUUUCUCUGUAUAUGUUACUCAGGAGGUUAAAGGAAACAUGGCGAAGAAAAAGAAGUUGAUAACGCUGUCGAUCCUGGUUGAACCUGACCUUGUAUUUUUACUAAUAAUACAAAUGGCAUUUAAUUUUUUGCCCCUGAUCACUUGUAAUUCCUGUUGUAUGGUAGACUUGUUUCUGUCAUAUAUUGACCA